AUGAUGUUUGCUCCCCAGAAUAUGCCUGUUCAGGCAAUAGCUCCAGAAAAUUCUCGGCCAGCCAGUCAGGUCACUCUUCCUGCUGUUAAUUCGGCCCGACCGACAUAUUAUCAGCUGCUUAAUGAUAGAAUAAGGGCUAUUAAGGGUUUCUCAGCCUUUGGUAUUGACGCUCGAGAUAUGUGCUUAGUUCCGAAUGUGGUGCUCCCAAAAAAGUUCAAGGUUCCAGACCUCCCAAAAUACAAAGGUCUAAGCUGUCCUCAUAGCCAUAUCACCAUGUAUUGCAGGAAGAUAGCUUCAUACAUCGAUAACGAUGACUUACUGAUCCAUUGCUUCCAAGACAGCCUGUCUGGAGCUUUUCUAGACUGGUAUAUGAGUUUGGGACGUACUAAGAUUCGGUCAUUGAGGGACCUGUCAGAGGAUUUUCUGAAACAAUAUAAGUAUAAUCUUGACAUGGCUCCAACCAGGUUGCAAUUAAAGAAUCAGGCGCAGAAAUCCAAUGAAACCUUUAAAGAGUAUGCUCAGUGUUGGCGCGAGAUGGCAUCCAGGGUCCGACCAACAUUGUUAGAUAAUGAACUGGUGGAUAUCUUCAUGGGUACACUUCAUGGGUUGUAUUAUGAGAAAGUGAUUGGGAGUUCUUCUACAAACUUUGCAGACAUGGUAACUAUUGGUGCACGUGUAGAGAAUGGGCUGAAAUCGGGGAAGAUCACAGAUACUACUGCUCCGCAAGCUACGAAUAAGAAAUCAUAUGGGGGCUUCACAAAAAAGAAGGAGGGGGAGACAAAUGUUGUGACGGAAAGUGUCCACCCCCAAUAUCAGUUUCCGGUGGCCCCUAUGCCGUAUUAUCCGUAUCCAUAUGUUGCUGCUGCUCAGUAUCAACAACCGCCAUGUCAAUAUCAACCGCAAAACAGCAAUCAACAACCAACGCCUACUCAGAAAAAUCAGAAUCAACAAUAUAACCGUGACAAUAGAGGACAAGGUCAGGGGAAGAAUAACAAAGGUGUACAUGAUGAUUGUGCAAUAUGUGAAUGUGAUCAGGACGAUUGUGACGAGUUAAGGGAUUGUGUACAGAAACUGAUGGAUCAGGGACUGAUACAGUUCUCUAAGUCUAAAGCAGCCGAAGAAAUUGCGGUGAUCGAACCAAUAACUAUUGUAUAUAGGAAGAAGAAGGUUGAAGCUCCUCCCAAGAGGAUUCAGCCAAUUCAUUUUCGUGUUCCCAGUCUAUUUCUGUAUCAGAACACCAAGGAAGUGCCUUGGAAUUAUGAGACAAUAACGUAUUUAGGAGGAAAGGAAAUUCGUAUUCUUAACACUGAAAUCGUCAACAUCGUUGGAGCGGGAGGCAUGACUUGCAUUGGCCAUGUAUUCGCUCCAAAAUACACUCCUAGGGUGUCUCCAUCACCCACAGUUAUCCCGCCUAAAGAGAAGGUCAUUCCUACUCCGCAGGCAGGAGCAACUGUACCUGUCACUCCGAACAUGACAACUGUUUCAGUGCCGACGAAUGUUAUUGAUAACAAAGUUGCAGAAUCAGAAAUGUCUAAAGGUAAAGGGCCAAUGGUUGAGAAUGAGCAAGUUGAAGAUCACAAGAAGAGCAUCACUUUUGAGGAAAGCCAAGAAUUCCUCAAAUUGAUCAAGAAGAGUGACUUCAAAAUUGUCGACUAG